AGUUUACCUUGGCUCUUCUGAGGGUCAGGCGGCAGUCAACCCAGGCUGGUAAUAGCAGUGUCUCUGAGCCCUCUCCCUGAGGACUGCCACACAGCUAACCCUCCGAAGGCCUGCUGCUCCUCCUCACUCGCUUCUUGCCUGGCUGCUCAGAGAAACCAGCUGGCAUACAGAAUGGCUUUCUUUUUGGUGUGGGUUAGCCUACUUGUACUUCUUCAUGGUGCAGCAUCAUCUGACGAGGUGCGGGCCCACCCGUUCACUGACGUGAGCCUCGAGUGCGAGUUCUCCUUCAUAGACAGCACAGAGAACCUUGAGUUUGACUGGGAAAGAGAAGACAUAAUAGAAGAGUAUGACGCGGAGGAUCGUGAGUUUUACCGAUUUUUCAGGUACUACGACUUCUUUCAAGUUUUCACAAAGGUGGUUUACCAGUUUUAUGACAACGAAGAGCAGCUCGAAGACCAGAAUGCCUUGUAUGAAGGGCGAGUCUCUGUGGAUCAGAAUGAGAUUUCUGAGGGCAUCCUGACCCUUCACCUGCAAAACGUGGACUUCUCGGACGAAGCCUUGUACAAGUGCAGAGCUGUCAACCCCAAUGGGAGAGGAGAAAGCACGAUCAAGCUGAUAGUGGAAGAUUCUGAAAUGCCCCAGGUGAAGUUUGACAAGAUGGAUGAUGAAGAUGUGGUUACGUGCACAUCCAAAGGCUGGUACCUCACACCCAAUGUGACCUGGUUGGACCGGGGGGAGAGGGACCUGAGCAACCACAGCUCCGUGGAGAUCCUGGAGGAGCAGAUGAAUGGCUUGUACAGGGUGUACUCUGUCCUCAGGUACCCAGUCAAGUUAAAUGAAAAGUAUGUCUGCCACAUCACGGAGAUGAACGAAAACAACCGGCCAAUCAGAUCCAUCCGGCGGUAUCCGAAGAAAAAGUUCAAUGAGAAUAACUACUAUUAAAAGAUUUGAAUGAAGGCUGGAAAGACAGCUCAGAGUUUAAGAGCACUGACUGCUCUUCUAGAGGUCCUGAGUUUAAUUCCCAGCAACCACAUGGUGACUCACAACCAUCUUAUGUACUCUUCCUGUAUGUCUGAAGACAGCUACAUUGUGCUCAUAUACCUAAAAGAAAUAAAUAAUUAUU